UCCAGUAUGUGUCCACGCGCCAAGCACCGCACCGCCUCACGCCACACCACGUUACGCCAUGCCAUGCGUACACAAUCCUUUUCAAUGUUUUGUUGUGGUGUGUGACCACCAGCCAAAGAAGCAACGUGUAGUGCGGUCGUUUUCCCGUGGAGUUUCACCAGCAACCUGCAUUUUUUGGCAUAAGUAAAGCAGUGUAAUCUCUUGGGACAACUGUGACAGCCACACAACGCAAACAACAGCCUUGUACAACGGCCAGGGCGAGACUCGGGCGGUGAUGAGAAAGUCAGGGGAUGAGUGAGUCCCUGUGGUGACCAGGGUACGUCAACGCCUCACACACCGCUGGGUUGUCACGUUGUGUCCCAGCGGGUGCCACACAUACGAACGUUCAUCAACUGCAGCAGAAAACACGAAAUACAAACACAAUGUGGACUUCUCGAUGCUGGAAUACCAUCACAGUAGGAGCGUCACGUUCUCCCACAAUAACUGCCGCAGUCUUCAUCCAGUGGCGCCUCUCGCAUUGCCUUAGCUUGCUCCUCCUGACGCUGCUUGCUGGGGAGAUGGUGACCCCUGUUCACGGAGGCUUGGCAGACUUUUCUGCUCCGGGGAUCAUCCAGUACGGCACCUGCGCCCAACCCAAGGAACACGUGUCUUUCCGCUUCGAUGAGUUUGAUGGAUUGUGGUACCAGGUGGAGAUGGUGGCUAACAAUUACAUGGAGGCGAAGAAAUGCAUCACACUGGACUUCAGAUGGAAUGGCGUGGAGUAUAACGUGACAACGCUUGGGCUGGACGAAUACAAUGAGAUGGUGAGUCAGGACGCCACCAUCACCCUCGUGGAGCCUGAGAACCCCGCCUCCAUGAAGCCCUACCUGCAGAUCUGGGCGCCUGGAGUGCCGCCUGUGCCCUAUCACGUGGUCAAGACAAAUUAUCGCCACUUCGCCUGCGUGUACUCCUGUUACGAGCUCUUCUCCCUCAUGUUCGAGGUGUUCUCUGUUCUGAGCCGAGGCCCCGAGAUUGACAACGCUUACCUCGCCGAAUGCCACAGAGCCUUCGACGCCCUGGAACUCGACCUCACACGCCUGGAGCCCGUGCAGCAAACAGGGGUCUGCAAUGCGGUGGAUCUGGAAGGCUCUGGUGGAGGGCCAGAGCAACAGGACGAGAAAGAGGAGGAGGAGGAGGAGAAUGCAUUAGCGGCGUUGACAAGCGAGGAAGUGAACCAGCACCAGCCUCCAAAUCGUGCCUCAACGCCGCGCUCAGAACUGGUGACGGGAGAGGAAGAAACGAUGAUAGAGGAGUUGGAGGACUUACUGGAGGAGAUACAAGGAGGAGGAGGAGGAAGAGGAGAAGCGUUAGCCUCCUUCCAACCUAGAAAUGGUUCAGUUGGAGACUCGACACGGGAUCUAAAUGAAGAGUCUGAGGUUGGUUCCGUCAAGCACCCAACCUCUCAUCACACACCAGACAAAGGGCGGCGUAGGAGGCCGGCAGAGGGAGAACAGCAGAGGAGGAAAGGACAGGUCAGUGAAGGAGUAAAGGACGACAGCCUUGAACUCUACAUCGACGAUCCUUCUCUUGACGUGAUCUACCACGAGACAGCCAACGGACGAGGUGGAGGAGACACAGAAGGUGAACAUGAUGAAAAAGGCGAAGGACUGGCCGUCAUGACACGCGGGAGUGAAUCUCAGGGGAGUGGUGGGGACGGCAGUGUCCCUGCUUCCGCCCCCUUACUCCUCCUGGCCCUUCUCGGUCUCGUAUUGUGGCCUCGUGUCUCCUUCAGACCCUAGCGAGACACAACACUGCAUGAGCUGCUGCCUCGCGCUUACAAGAGUGAGUCCAGGAGCCCCGUGACGUGAGGAGAAAUAUUAAAAAAAGCUCCACGCACUGCGUCCAUCACAAGGGCUGUCAAGCAGGCAAGGGUGUGUGUACUAAUACAGCGAACUUAGGAGGCUUUAAGUGAGUGUCGGACUUUAUAUUUAUCUUGAGACUGUCAAGUCCAUGUGAGUGUGAGAAAAGAAUCGGAACACCACGAGUGACUGCGGCAUGUAGAUUUUUGGAGGGGGAAAAAGACCUCACUAUGAGUAAAAUUUGUGAAAGUUAAGUAAGGAGACUGGAAGUUGAAUCAUAUACUUUCCAAAUGUAACACAAAUUUGUUAUGACAGAAAGAGAACAUAGGCAAAAGAAUGAAAUUGAAGAUUAUACAUGGUUGGCACUCACGAAGUGGCCAUCAUGACCGGCGGACAGCAAUCAGUGCUGACAUUAGUCAUGAAUUAUACACCCCCCCACACACACACAAUCACACACACACACACACACACACACACACACACACACACACACACACACACACGAGUGAGAACUGAGGGACGUUGCAUCAGAUUCGAUAUGAAGAUAUUCCAAAGUAGUAAAAAUAGAAAGACGACUGGACAUUAUCAAGGCGCUGGACGCUCUGAUGUGGUGGCGAUGGUGGAGAGGUGAAGGAAUAUUAUGGCCGGCCACAUCUGUUAAGUGCUGAGUCAUGAUAGUCUAUCUUUAGCUCUGUAUCUUGUAUAUUAUGUAACAAUAUCUGGUAUUUGCGUAACAGAGUGACAGGUAGACGCAAUACAAGGUGAUGCAAGUACUUCAGGCUAUGCUUACCGUACCAGCAGACCCAAUUACUUCUUGAGGAAGAGUUGCAAUUACUGUUGAUGGAACACAAGGGAGUGUAACACAAAAUUACACUUGUAAGAAAAAAAAAUAGGAGUAAUCAAAACUUGAGGAGUAAAUUAUCAUCAAAAUCUCAUCUUUCCGGGUAGCAUGGGAGGUCCGGAUCGUGUCUGCGUGACGGACCCAAAAGACUCCAUCACGACCACUGCCAGGCAAACGACCAGGCUCAAGACUAAAAUAUAAAAUAAGAAAUAAAUUAUGAAAACAAGUAAAAUUAAAAUGAGAUAGAUAAGUACGAAAUAGUGAGCCUUAAGGAAAUGAGGAGGAGGAGGAGGAGACGGUUACAUAAUUAAUGAUAUCAUGAUUCGGAGGAAGCGGAGGCGGUGGCGUAGUGGAUAGGGUGGUGAGCGUGGGAUCGGGCAGACGUCCACGGGUAGGUUCGAAUCCCACCACGUACAGCAGUAAACACUAUACCAUUUGUCCAGUGGUUUAAAGUUACCUACAUGUCACCAUGAUGCCCAGGUUCUAGGUGGUUACACCCAAGAUGAGCUUCGGGGGUGAUAUGGGCCCUAAUAUGGAUACCACUUUAAAUAAAAUUGCCUGCGCCAAUAAUGGGCGGAAGCUAAACAGCGCUUCCCGUACACUCUUCAAGUGUGUCUACAGGCGCUAUAAGCCUUGACAUGAAAAAAAAAAACACCACCACCACCACUACCACCACCACCACCAUAAGCAUCACUAGCGCCGCCUUGCCUUCACCACAGCACCACCGGCACCUACACGUUCAUUAGCCGGGCUAAGUGUUGUGGCAGGUAAACCACAGCAGCAACAGGCACCUCAACAUCGCCACCUCCACUCCCGCUAUCCUAAACCUCCCUCUCUCCUCCCACUCACUAGUGAUGAGAAUUUCCUUCACCUUCACCUUCUCCUUUAGCAUCUCCCUCUCCUCUCCCUGGUGUAAUGCAGGGAGCGCCGCGCCUCCCGUUACACCCAACGCUGCUUAACUUCUAAUUUCCUCGCCGAGAUUGCCUGUGUGAAGAGUUAUUUUCCUCGGCCAUUCUCGGCUUGAUGACGCGCAGAAUCCGAACUGUGAGACGCGAGGGUAAGGGGAUGGUGUGUGUGUGUGUGUGUGUGUGUGUGUGAGAGAGAGAGAGAGAGAGAGAGAGAGAGAGAGAGAGAGAGAGAGAGAGAGAGAGAGAGAGAGAGAGAGAGAGAGAGAGAGAGAAUAAAAAGAAAGAUAGAAAAAGAAAGAAGGAAAAAAGUAAGUAAAAAUGUAAGGUGCGUGAUAGGUGUGUGAGGAAGACAACUAUUAACUACACCGUAACGUUCUUUUUUUUUUACACGUUGAUGCAAAAGAAAAAGAAAAACAUAGAGAACGAGGCACCGUUUUAAUUGCCGAAGCCAAGAAGACAGACAUAACCCACGCUCAGGAAACUUUUUAAACGUUGGAGCGGAAAGAAGAGAAGAAAGUCGCUUUAAUUACCAACACUGGAAAGGAUAAGCUUGACAGAGUGCAUAUUUCUGUACUAUGAGAAGCGCUAAUUUGCCAGGUAAAAGCUAGGGAAUAUGAGCAGAAUCUCCAUAACCACAAAACGAAGAAAAGGGAAAAGAUAUGAGCUGAAUGUCCGAAGCCAUAUAAAAAGUGGCCUUAUAACGUCGGAAAGAGGGAAUAAAAAGACGAACAAGUGGUUGAGUGGUGUGAAAUGUGAGAUAACAACGCAUCGAGCUCCACGCAGACCAUCAUAAUCAAAAGGGUGCUCAUGAACGCGGCAUUCUUUUGUGCGCGACUGUGUCUGUAACGGAACGAAUGUGCGGCAGAGAUUGUGUGUUUAAGGCUUCUUUGUUCCUCCAUUCACGUUGGUUAGAAUUAUAACGGCCACAUGAAUUACUCUAAUGAUUUUAUACUAAUUAACGAGACGCAGGUAACGAAUCGUGCCUCAUCACAUAUACGUAUUUAUUGUUACACAUAAUGAACAAACUAAUUAUACCAUUAUGUAAAAAGAAUCAUAUUAAAACGAUAAAAAAAACAA